AUGGCCGGUGAUAUCUUUAUAUUUACGGGAGCUAACGACGACAACUAUGAUGUUUCUCUAAGCUUUAAUUAUAUGCAAAGAAAGGUGCCUACUUCUUUGUACAAAUGUCAAAAGUUGAGAAUAAUUGAUUUGGGAAACAACUGGUUAAGUGACACAUUCUCUAGCUGGUUAGGAGAUCUUCUCGAUUUACCGGUUCUUAUCCUAAGAUCAAACAAUUUUCAUGGUGGCAUUAAUGGGUUUGUAGGCCAACUCCCUACAAAAUAUUUGCAAAAUUUCAAUGCCAUGAAGAAUGUGGUAAAAAAGAACACCCAACCAGAGUAUGUGUCCACGGGUUCCGUUUAUUACUCUAUCACUGUUACGGUGAAAGGAGUUGAUCAAUACUUUCCACAACUUUUGGUUGAGUACACUAUUGUUGAUCUAUUGGGCAAUAAAUUUGAAGGAGAGAUGCCAAACAUCAUUGGAAAGCUGAAAUCUUUGAUAGUACUCAACUUGUCACACAACAGCCUAGCGGGUCAAAUCCCAUAUUCUCUUGGGAAUAUAUCUGAAAUUGAAUCGUUAGACCUGUCUUGGAACCAACUCACAGGAGAGAUUCCACAAAGCCUUGCCGAUUUGACGUUUCUUGAGUUCUUAAAUCUAUCACAAAACCAUCUCCAUCCUCAUGGACUACAACUUGAAGGUGAUGGAGAUGAAGAGGAGAGUGGAUUCACAUGGAAAGUGGUGGUGAUGGGAUAUGGAUGUGGAGUCUUACUUGGAAUCGUGUUUGGAUAUAUCAUGUUAUCAACUGGAAAACCAAAAUGGUUCAAUGCAAUUGCUGAUGUAGCAGGCAAAGAACUUUACGCUGCAGCUGGACCCUUUUGA